AUGGUGCGCCCGGCCGAGGAGACUCCGAAGGGAAGUCUUUGGCUCUCGAGGCUAGACAUGAUGAUACGUGCGCCCUACUCCCACUCCGACGUUGUAGCCGUUUAUAGUCCUAAAGAAAAUAAAAUGGGUCACAAAGUUUUCGACGCAAAACUUUUAAAGGAGUCUUUAAGUAAAGUUUUAGUACCAUUUUAUCCGAUAGCGGGAAAACUAAAAAUGAACGAUGAGAAUGGUCGAUUCAAAAUCGAUUGCAAUGCGGCCGGAGCAUUGUUCGUAGACGUGGAAACAACGCAUACGCUUGCGGACUUAGGUGCCGGGUUUCGCAAGGUGAGAUUUCCAACCACAAGGGAGUUUAUGUUCAAUUUCAAUAAACUUUACAUUAACAACAUAAAACUACAAGCAACAUUGCAACCCCAAAAGGCACAAACCUACAAUCUAAGUACAUACGAGGUGCUAGCCGGGCAGGUAUGGCGAACUACAUGCAAAGCACGUGGUUUAACAGGUGAUCAAGACGUAAAACUCUACAUACAUAUAGAUGGGCGUUCAAGAUUGAAGGGUCCAACAUUACCACAAGGGUAUUUUGGAAAUGUUAUUUUCUUUACUGCUUGUAUUGCUAAGGCACGUGAUAUCACGUGCAAUCCGGUAUGGUACUCCGCGAGUAAGAUACAUGAAGCCCUAAUGAAAGUUCAAAGCACAGAGUACUUAAGAUCGGCAAUUGAUUACCUAGAAUCACAGUCGGAUCUAGACUCAAUCGUUCGUGGGGCCCCACAUGUUACAUGUCCAAAUCUCAUGAUAAACUCUUGGGCCAAACUACCCACUGAUUUAGCGGAUUUUGGUUGGGGAAAGCCCAAUUUAGUGGCCCAUGGUGGAAUUAUAAACGAGGGACAACGUUUUUUAUAGCAAACCCAAAAGAAGAAGGUGCCAUUUCAUUGAACAUUAAGCUUUUUGAUGAUCACAUAUCUCUCUUUGAGAAAUACAUUAAUGACUUUCAAAUUACUCCUAGUUUAUAAAUUGGAGAGUUUGAAAUAAUUAAAUCAUUUUUGUUUUGAUUCUUUAUGUUAGUUGAGUGUGUGAAAACAAUAAUGUACUCCAUAUGAAAUUUCUUUGGUUCAAUUUUUAUUCAAAGAAUUAUUAAUGUCAAAUUGUCAACUAUUUAUUCAUUUUUAUUUGAUGCAUUUCAAUUCAAUGCUGUACAUUGUCUAAUACUAUUACUCCCUUUUUCUUUCUAGUCAAUUUUGUCUUAAUCCGUUCUUAUUUAUCGUUCUCCUUAACUCUACAAUAAUAAUUACUCCACGCACUUUUUUCCCCCUCUUAUUUAGCUUUAUUCACCUUUUUCUUAUAAAAACUCACUUUUUUUUUUUAUACACAAAUGAUACUCUCUCUCGCUCUUUAGCAUGAUGGUGAAUGACAUUUGAACUCAUGAUCUUUAUGUCACGCGGAAAUGCUGAAUCUUAAUACAAUACAUGGGCAUGCCAGCUACGUAGUCUAAUUGUCGGCCCAUAGAAAAUGUAUCAAGGAAAUUUGUACUGUGUAUAACCUUAGAUUAGUAUUGAAUUAAGUAUGACAAGAUUGACAACGAAAGACAAAAUUGAAACAUUAUCGACAAAUCACAUCAACUAUUGUACUGCUCUUACUCCCACUUUAAUGCUUAAUUGUAAAUUAAUAAUAACACCAAUCAAAUCUUACAGAUCGUAAAAGUAACACGAUAAAAUUCAUAGUAGUAUUUUAAACUUAGUAGAUACUUUUAACAAAAAUGACGUAUUCCCUCCAUCUUAUA